AUGGGUCAAUUUUUGAAGUCUUUCGAGAUGCGUAUUGGUGGAGCAUCGUUUUCACGAAUCGAUUAUGUGAAUUAUAUGAUUCAUAGAAAAUUCCAUAUUCAGUUUUCAAAUGGUGCUAGAGUUAUAAGAAAACAAGGUUUGGCUGGAAUCGAAUAUCGAUUUGUUGCAUUUUCUUCGGACGGAAAACAUGAUUUGAGUUUUUACGCGAGAAAACAGGAUGAUAAUCAAUUGUAUUUUGUUGAUGGUGAACAACAUUUUGAGUGA